CGCAAGAAAGAUGGUAAAAUGCAUUAUGAAUGUAAUGUGUGCUACAAAACGUUUGGACAGCUCUCUAAUUUGAAAGUGCAUUUAAGAACCCAUACUGGAGAGCGACCUUUUGUUUGCCAGACUUGUGGUAAAGGAUUCACCCAAUUAGCUCAUCUUCAGAAACAUAACUUAGUUCAUACAGGAGAGAAACCUCAUGAAUGUAUGGUUUGUUACAAACGCUUUAGUUCAACAAGUAACUUAAAGACACAUAUGAGAUUACAUAGUGGAGAGAAACCUUUUCACUGUAAACUUUGUCCAGCUAAAUUUACUCAGUUUGUUCAUUUAAAACUUCAUCGUAGACUACAUACAAAUGAAAGACCUUAUGAAUGUCCACAAUGUAAUCGUAAAUAUAUUAGUGCUAGUGGUCUGAAAACUCAUUGGAAGACUGGAAAU